AUGGAUUACAUACAGGAUUUCACGAAUCGCCUGGAGAUUUAUGCCAAGUACGAGAUUUCACAGCACUUGAGACAAAAGCUUGCCGAGAUCCUGGCCUCUUUGAUCGAGGUGGUCGCAUUUGCACGGCAGGAAAUCAAACAUGGAUGGCUCGUUUCGUUCGGAAAAAACAUACUGUCAGGGAAUGAUGCCGCCAGUGUCGCAAUGGCGAAGUUUGUCAAGCUUGUACAGAGUGAGACAGCCCUAGUCGGAGCAGAAACUCUUACACAAGCAAAGGAAACGAGCUCAACCCUUGCCCGAAUGGAUCAAAACGUGAUCAAGAUCAGCCAGCAACUGGAGAACCUGGAAGUGAGAGGGAAAACAACAGCAUGCGCAGCGAGUGGGAUUAAACGGAUCUUACAACCCAGCUCCAGUGCAGAAGACCGGUUGAACUCGAUGGAUCGAAGUCGCAUUCCCGACACCGGUGAAUGGGUUAAACACCAAAAGGAAUUCGUUUCUUGGAUCAACCGCACCCUCCCAGUCUUGUGGAUAUCCGGAAACCCUGGAGCAGUACACCAGGCACUGUGCGAUAUCGCAUUUCAGAUCGGACAAAACAACCCCGUGUACGCCGAAUAUCUCGAGUCUUGCAUCGAUGAAUCUGAUAACUCAUCGUCUCUUUCGCUAUCCACCUUGUGGCAGAGACUUUUCAUUGAUUUCUUUGGCUUAUUGCAAAAUAGGAAUCAAAUCUUCUAUAUCUUAUUGGAUGCGCUCGAUGAGUCCUUUGUGGAGGACCGAUUAAAGUUUUUCGAGCUGGCAAGGGAUUUACUUUCCACUGGGCACAUUCAAUUGCUGAUGCUUGGUCGACCACAAAUCGCAGAGGAGAUGAAUGACCUCAUCGAGCUUCUUCAAGUACUUACCCUCCACGUCUCUGAAGCAAACAAUCUGCAAGAUAUCGUGCAAUACAUCAACACGCGAGUUUCAAGGUCGAUGUAUCUAAAGAAGCUUCCAACUUCUUUCAAGAGUGAGAUUGCAGAGAAGCUCUCCGCUAAUUCACAGGGAAUGUUCCUUUGGGUUGAGUUGGUAAUCCAAGAGCUGACUCGCCUGAGAAGUGUUUCGGGUAUACAAAAGGUCCUGCAUACAGCGCCGAGGGGCCUUUCAAACAUGGUAAAUCGUAUUCUGAGGGGUUUUUCCGAAGCCUUCCAAUAUGACCCUCAGCAUGCGGACGAAUUGAAUGAGUUACUGGCCCUAGAGCAUCGGUCUAUGCUGUACGUUGGUGGCGAAUGGCUGACGGUGUAUGACUUCAAAUCCCGUCUUGAAGUAGAAUACGGAUUGUAG